GAAGGAAAUGACACUCGGCGGGAAAUAGCGUCUGCACGGCGCUAUCCACACGCUCAGCCGUAGGGCAGGAAUGGAGGAAAAAAAACUUAUUUCUGCAACAGACACACAAUAUUCUAGCGUGCUCCUUCAGUCUUUGAAUGAACAACGUGGCCAUGGACUUUUUUGUGAUGUUACAGUCAUUGUGGAGGACCGUAAAUUUCGAGCUCACAGAAACAUCCUUUCAGCCUCAAGCACAUAUUUUCACCAGCUUUUCUCGGUGGCUGGUCAAGUGGUUGAACUGAGCUUUGUAAGAGCAGAAAUUUUUGCAGAAAUUCUUAAUUAUAUUUAUAGUUCCAAAAUAAUCAGCGUCCGAUCUGAUUUACUUGAUGAACUGAUUAAAUCAGGGCAGGAGCUGGGUGUUAAAUUCAUAGCUGAUCUGGGCAUCCCUCCGGCCGAAGGCAAGAAUGUGCCCAGCGAGGUCAAAGACGGUGCUUCAAAAACUUCAGCUUCUAGUCCAAAUCAAAGAGAUGCUGAAACACAGGUGACUGUAAUCAGGCCAGAGGGCCAGGAGGCAGCAGAUGGGAUGCCUGUUAUAACACAGUCAUUCUCCUUACAUGGCAUAGAAUAUGAGACUACAAAAAUUACAGUGAGCGAUUUGGAUGAGGAGGAUGAUGAUGUCAUUUUUUGUUCUGAGAUUGUUCCUCCAAAAGAAUGUACUAAAGACAAAAAUGCUGCAAGCCAGAGCCAGCCUUGCUCAAGUCCAGCUGGAGCUUCUGACCAAAAAUCCUGUGGCAGUGGUGGCUCUCCCCAUGUGACAAACAGCACAGCACCUCAGAACCUCACUUUGUCUGCCACUCAGCUGAGCCCGAGCCAGACACAGGCAGGAGCUGAACCAUUCUCCUCGGCCACGCCGCAGCAUUUUACUCCUAAUAUCAUCGUGCUGAACAAGCCUCUGCUUAACUCCUCACUUGGUGCCAGCUCCUUGCAUCAAACACAUGUGACUCCUACAAUUAAUUUACUUGAGGAGAACCAGCAGCUAUCCAAUAAUGGCUCUGUAACUGAAGUGGAAGGAACUGCUGUUGAUGAUGAAGAGGUUGUUGAAGAUGAUGUUGAUAUCAUUAGCUCCUCUAGUCCUAGUUUGGUCAGCAGCAGCUCUUUGGUUCAGCAAUCUUCUGUUCCUAAGGCAGGGAGCACUGAAGGAUCAGGUGUACAGAAAAAACAGGUUGUUACAUUUUCCCAAGAGCCAUCUACUAAAGCUGGAGAGCUGAAAAUAAAAAUCUCAGAUGUCCUUUCUGGAAACAACAAGGAAUUAAGUUCGGGUCUAACAUCGAAGAAUGUGGCAGAUGGGCAGAAAAUCAUAACAUUGGAUACAGCAACUGAAAUAGGAGGCUUGUCCACAGGCUGUAAGGUGUAUGCAAAUAUCGGUGAGGACACCUACGACAUAGUCAUCCCUGUGAAGGGUGACUCUGAGGGAGGGGAAGCCAAGCCCGAUGACACACCCAAGAAGUCCGACGAUGAAUCUCCAAAGGGGAAACGCAUGAAAGUGAAGCACGACGACCACUACGAGCUCAUAGUGGACGGCAGAGUCUACUACAUCUGCAUCGUGUGCAAGAGGUCCUACGCGUGCCUGACCAGCCUGCGGAGACAUUUCAACGUGCACUCCUGGGAGAAGAAGUACCCCUGUCGCUACUGUGACAAAGUCUUUGCCCUGGCAGAGUAUCGCACCAAGCACGAACUGCACCACACCGGGGAGCGCAGGUACCAGUGCUUGACGUGCGGCAAAUCCUUCAUCAACUACCAGAUCACCAUCUCCCACAUCAAAUCCGUGCACAGCCAGGACCCCUCCGGGGACACCAAGCUGUACAGGCUGCACCCCUGCAGGUCCCUGCAGAUCCGGCAGUACACCUACAUCAGCGACCGGCCCAGCAGCGUCCCGGGCAUCAGCCAGGGGGGAGUUGUGUACCGUGUGGGCUCAGGGAAGGAUGGCACUGAGGGAGCAACGUCCAACUCUCCAGCCAAACAAAUCACCUGGGACGACAUUUUCAUUCCGCAGGGAAAUGAAACGAUUUUUAAACAAAACCCGCCAGAAGGAAGUACUGAAUUUGAGUUUGUGAUACCAGAAUCUUACUGAAAUGUUUGAAAUGCUGGAAAAAAGGGUUCUGUGCAGGAGCAUUGCAGUUGUUUUAACUGAACUGUUGAAAUUGCUGUAAAAUCAAAGGUUAAAGUCAAAAGAAGUUAACUUGUACUACCAAGUAACCAAAUGGUAACACUUAGAUGGACCAUGUUAACUGCAGUGCUUUGUGGAAGCAAUUAAUCAGAAAAUUUACUUGAAUAGAGAGUGAGACAUUCUAAGGCGCUAUCAGAGUUUUCAGAUAUGUUAAAUUUGAUCAAAACAUGAGGACUUGUGGCUUGAAAAUGUACAAUUCCUUCUAAAGAGCUAGAAAUAUUUCUAAACUAAUUGAGGUAUUUCCUGUACCCAUAUUUACCAUGUAAGCCCUUUCUUUCAUGUUAGCACUUUAAUGCUGAAUUCUGUUUAGAUGUUAACCAAGAAAACAGUAAGAUUUUUUCAUCAUUGUCUCUUGGUCAUGGAACAUUUAAAAAAAAUAAUCCCACAACUCACAUUUGUGAACAAGGGGCCAAAGUACAUGAUCCCCUACUACACUGGAGUAGUCUGUUUUUGAGCUAGCAUCCUAAUUCUGCUUUUAUAAAUAUUAUGAAUCAUCUGUCUUCAUGCAAAAAGUCUUGUCUACAAGCAAUACUCAUUUAGGGCUAGCUUGAACAAACUUUACUUACACUUGGCAGUGUGGUGAGCUAAGUAUUCAGUGUCCUGGACCUUGUUAUUUUACUCUUUUUGCAAUGGGAAAAAACCAAACCCCACACAGCUGAAUAGUGAAGAAGCUUAGAACACUUAGGAAGGAGAUAAUUUUACCUUCUUACAGCUUGAGAAAUAUUGUUGCAUUUUCUUACUGCUGGAAAAAAUGCCAGUAAUUAGUUUGAUAUAAAGUGCUGUUCCUUUUUUUUUUUUUUUUUCACUUCAAGAAGAAGGGCUUCAGUCCAGAAUUUUGAAAUUAUAAAAAUAUUAUUUGUUUUUAGCUGAAGACUUCUCAAAUCUAUGAAUUCAUGUAAGUGCUG